GUUGAUAUUGCAAUGGAGCACAACAACAUUUUCAUCGCGAAAAGUGUCGCGCCGGCAGGGCAAGUAAAAUAAGGCGUGAAGAAAAAAAGCACGGAAUCGUACGAUGUGUGGCCCAUUCUCGUCAUCUCCCGUUCACCUCCCACCGCCCCCCCACAACAAGUGAAACCUUUUUGUAAAUAAAACGUAUCGUGCUGGAAAUUCGACUGUUGCUAAACAAACGUGCCAACUGUGCAGUUGCCCGUGCAUUGGUGGUGCUGGUGAAUCAUGCCGUUUUCGUACAGUAUAUUCCCGUUGCGUGGAAAAGUAGCCGCAGGAAAUGUGCAAUAGUGGUGAAAAUCGUCGUCCACUCUUCAUCGAAACGUGUAAACAUACCCCGAUUGACACGGCACAGUACCGGGAAGCGUAUCAAUCGGCCAAAUUAUUAGUGAAAUAGCUAAAUCAACGUGCGGCAUUGAGAGUCUUAUCAGUUACGAGUUGCAGGGGACUGGUCUCCAGCUAAAAGGAACAGCGUGCAAGCUCAACGGAUACCGAUUCCAGAGGGUUCUUUAUCCAUAUCGAACUCAACAUGCGAUAACGCGCCGACAGUGUGGAUCAAACGGCAUUAUUUCGUCGUUUUCUGGUACUAUUCGGUCGGUGGCGGGUGAGAAACACCGCACAAACAGUGUUUAAUUUUAGGUGCAUCAUUCCGAACCUGUUCCCGAGGACCUGCCAAGCCAGGACAGGUGGGCAACGAUGUUCAAAAUCGAAUCAUACAUCACCCCGAUCAUUCUGAGUUACGUCGAGAAGUACGUGAAAAAUAUCCGUCCGGAAGACUCCCAGCUAUCGCUAUGGGGUGGCGAAGUGGUGUUCCAGAACCUGGACCUAAAGCUGGACGUGCUCGAGGAAGAGCUGCAGCUACCGUUCAAUUUCCUGUCCGGCCACAUUCACGAACUUGGGAUACGCGUCCCGUGGACAAAGAUCGCUUCCGAGCCGAUCGUCAUCACUAUCAAUACGAUCGAAUUUGUGCUGAAGCUACGCGACACAAAUGAGCGAAACGUGGUGCCAAAGCGGGAACCCCCGCGGAAGGGUAAAAGCACAGAGGAAACACCUCCACCGGGCUAUAUGGCAUCGUUGAUCAGCAAGAUCGCGAACAACAUUUCGAUCCGAUGCCACAAUGUGAUACUCAAGUACGUGGAGGAAGACAUUGUCGUGUCGAUGAACAUCCAGCAGCUUUCGAUGGAAUCGGCCGACGGAAGCUGGAACCCGGCGUUUGUCGACAUGUCACCGACAAAGGUCUCCCUCCGGAAGCUGAUCAACAUCGUCGAUCUAACGAUCUGCUUGGACAAACGAAACUCGGCGGGCAAGAUCGAGGUUUGCCAGGAACCGGUCCUGUACCGCAGCACGCUCCAGCUGCGCAUGCUGGUGAAGUACAACGUUUCAUCGCACGAUCGCUCCUCGCUGACACGCAUCGACGUACAUUCCAAAUUUCUCGACUUUAACGUGUCCUCGCAACAGUUUCCGAUGCUGAUGCGUUUGUUUGACUUAGCGCUGGCGCUAAAGCAGGGCAAAAUCAAAAGCGAACCGGCGCUACCCACAGCCGAAGGCGGUAUCGAUGUGGAAGACGACAGUGGGCAGGAGUCGCUACUAUCGUGGGCCUGGAACUUGCUUCCAUCGUUCUUCCCCGAGGAGCACGAAAGCGAUCAUUCCGAGGAGCACGAUUAUCGUGUACUGCACACCGGUCUGUACAUCGAUCAGCUGCGAAUCAUCUUCAAAACGCAGGAGCUGAUCGGUGACGGCGUGAUGGGCACGACCAAAAAGAUCAAGUACCAUCCGAUUCUGCGGUUCGAUUUUUACAACUUUUACGGCGAAAUGAUAGCGUGCGGGAUGAGGUGGUUCAACGUUACGCUGGGAAUAUCGCGCGUGCAGGUCCAAUCGGUCGAGGACUGUCCGUGUGGCCAUCGGGAGGGUAGCGUGAAGGAGAUAUUCGAAUCGAUCGAGACGCAGCACGAUGGGGAAACUCAUCUGGAGCAAUCGUUUUUCAGCGACAGUGUCGGCGGGAAUCGGAAGUACAAUGUGAACUGGAAUUAUCAUCUGAGCAGCUUCAGCCAGGAGUACUUGCUGCGCAAAUUUCCUGCCAUCGCAAUCGACAUCAUCCACGAGGUGGAGCUGCCGGACGAUAGGCGAACGUCCGAGUUUGGUAGCGAUCUGGAGUUUAGCAAUCUGGCGGAAAAGUACAUGAUACGCGUGUUUGUGGGUCGUUUUCGGGCAAAAGUAUCGGCCGAUACGCUCCAUCGAUUCCAGACGCUUGCAUCGUACAAAGAUUUCUACGAGUACCCGCCGUACUAUGAGGAUAAACCGAUCCCGACACUGUCCCAGCUGCCGCCACCAUCCGCGGAAGAUUACGACGCUCUAAUGGCGGAAAUUCCUCUCCGCCAGAUACACAUCACGCUGCAGAGUCCCACGAUCGAGCUGCAUUCGUACGAUCAUGGGCAGGAGAACCUGUUGCUUCGCAAGCACAGCGGUGGGAAGGUUCCGAACGCUUCUCCGAAACCAUCGCUCACCGUGCAGCUGAACCGUGUCGAGUGCAACAUCCUGGCCCCGCUCUACCCGAAUCGGCUGGUCUACACAACCUGCCAACUGCCGGAACCGCCGGUAAAACUGUUCGACGCCUGCUACCAAUCGAUAUCGGGCAACUUGGAGCGACUGCAGGUGAAGCUGCACCAUCCGCGAUGGAACGAGGCGACGAUAGCGACAGCGGUCAGCAUGAACUACCAGCAGCGCACGCUCAUCCACCCAACACUGUGGCACAACGAGGAGCUUAACAAAGCGGAACACAACCUUACCGUGACGGAUCUGAAGCUGAUCGCCAACCCGCUGCAAGCGCUGACGGCUUCCGCCACCGUACGCUCACUGCUAGCGCAACAGGAAUCGGCCAGCAUCGAUUGGGAACGACUGCAACAGCAACACCAUCCGCUUCCUACCGCCGAUCUGCUUCUUUCGUUCAUCCAUCUGCGAAAGGUUGAGGCAGACCGGACCGAUUGCUACAAACUGUUGGCGCGCAAUCUAAAGCUUCUCACCUAUCAGCACGAUGCCGCCAGCGAAAAAUCACUCACAGCGCUAUGGCCCGAUCAUUCGACGGAGGAAGACUUUCUGACCGUCAUUUUCCAGCUGCCCAAACAGCUCGAUACCACCAUCGAGCAUCCUCCCUUGCUGUAUGCGAAGUUGCUAGAUUUGAGCUUAAAUUUGGAUCCAAAUUUCCUCGCCUUUUUGGAGAUCUGGCAACGGGCGGUUCUGUUGCACGAUGAUGCCCGGAUCGAUUCCCGCCGACGGCCCGGUGGCUCUUCCUCGAAACAUUCCCAUCGCUCGGUACAGCCGAGCGGCAAUCUACGCCCGGUGGCGAGAAGCGAUGAUAAGAAGGAGGAACAUUCGGCACCGGCUACAUCCGUCCAUUCGAGUUCGGGCAAGGUGGGUGGUGCGGCCGGUGGUCCCAUCGUGCACGGCCGACCACCAUCUACCAUCGGCGGGGUAGAGGAUGCUGCUGAUGGGACGAAGCACGGCAGUGCCGAAUCAACGGAGGCGGGCAAUCGUUCGGAAGAUAAACAGUUUUGGGCCAAGUUGGCGAAAAGAAUUAUUUUCCACCUGGAGGUGAGCCACUUUACCGUGUGUCUGCCGUUGAAUAAUAUCAUCUUCCACUCGCUGAGCGACUCGCUGGAGGAUGAGUUUGGACAGAAUGAAAUAUUUAUGAUUAAGCUUCCGCUAAUCUCUGUGAACUCUGCGUUCAAGUGUCAAACGCUGUCCGGCUACAUCAACCGGUUUCCGAUCAGUAUCGCCAAAUCUGUCUGGCCGCUCGAGAAGGAUAGCUUCCCCUGGACUAUCUCUCUCGCUAACGCAUCCAGCUGGACGUACCAGAAUGGCGAGAUGCACAAGCUGCUCGAUGAAACGACGACCAACAUUUCGAUGGUGCUUACGUUCAGCGAGGACCAUACGCCAGCAACAGCUGCAGCCCUCUGUUCGUCGGCCUGUUUCCACAUCGACACCUCCCCGUUUCGGGUGACGCUGGUGAGAGAGCAGCUGCUCCUGCUGCGGACCACCCUCGAUCGGAUGCUGCAACUGCCGAUGGUGCAGAGCGCGGGCAGUGACCGGGACGAACGAUCGUCGCCGGAAUCCGGCCAACAGUUGCUCGAAAUUCCACCACUUCCGGGCGGUGGCGGUUCGAUCGCGGCAAUCGAUUUGCGCCAAUUCCUCGACAUUGCGCACAACUCGAGCGGAGGAUCGGAGGAAACGCUGAAAGAGAAGGCGGCUGCAGGGGAAGCGGGCACCGCUCGGAUGAUGCCCUGUGCCCUGUGGCUACAGUGGACUUUCUCCAAGCUUACCGUAAGCUGCAUUACGCGAGAAGAUGGCAGUGAUGGAGCGCGCCAAGAGCGCAUCAAGCUAAAGCUCGAGCUGGAAGAUAUUAUUUAUUCGCUCGACAAGCAGGAAGUCUACUCGCAGAUGAAGGCCAAAAUAGGGGGCAUGAGUGGGGCUUGCUACGAGUGGCAAGCCGGUGGUGGCUGGGUCCGUAACGAAGCGCUAGCGAUCACGGUGCAGACGGGCGAAACGAGCGAAUCGAGCAAAGCGACCGGUACGGAUACAUUUUUCUACAUGGUCAUUACGCGGGCCGAAACACAGAACGUGCACACCAAGUGGGACACGGUGCGGCGGUCGAAGGAGCACAACGAAACGCUCGUGGAGGUGCUGAUCAAGAUGGAGCAGGUUGAUCUGCGGUUGGAUCUCGAUCUGCUCGGCGAGUGUGUGCAGAUGAUGAGUGUCUUGCAGCCGGACAAGCCACAGCAGCCUCAGCAGCCAUCGAAUGUGGCGGAAAGGGACGCAACUGCCAAUUCCAGCUCUGUGUUGGGCGUGAAAGAUCUACCGCUGAUACUGUUUUCCAGCAAGGGCAUAACGGUGUACCUUCCGAUGCGCUCGGGAUCGCCGGAAGCCGAUCGGGAUGACUGUUCGGUUUACAUCCUCAAGGUGAGCAAUGUGACCGUGCAGUACAAUGUAGAAAAUCCAAUAUGCCGCGUUCCGCUGCGCCCGGACGUGUACACGAAGGCGGCCCAGAUGCGCAUCCUAAACGUGCCGGGUUCGAAAAUCGAGGAUCGGCAGUACGAGCUGCUGCUGAAGGAAAUCUCGCUCAGUACGGCCGUCUGGAGCGAUGUGGUAAGGUAUCUGCACGAUCAGCAAACGUCCACCACCCACCACGACAACCCAGCGUUCGAGUGGAACAACCUCCGGCAGGGCGUUCAGCGCCCGUCCCACUUCGACGUGGUGACCGUGUUUAAGGAGUUCAACUUUUCCGCCAUCUAUGCGCCGUGCAUAAUCUACAAGAAUGUGCUCAUCUGUAGCCGCGCGGUCGAGCUCAACUGCAUGUCCGAUCUGGUGGUGGAUAUCGACCUGCAACAGUUACGGCUGGCCGAACGAUUGCUGAGCAGGGGGAAACAGAUCGGUGACCAGCUGUUUCCCGCAUCCGUCAACGAAUCUCCCCGCCAGUCGGUGGUAACCGUUCCGACGCUGUCACGCUCCAACAGCUCGGUAGAUGCUGGCAGUCUGCUCACCUUUACAUCCCACGCUCCGAGCGGUGAAGAUACGGGACGAGAGUCGGUAAAAUCGGUUCGCGAUUCGGUACCAUCGACACGGUUUCGUCGGAGCAAUUCGAAGCUGUCCAGGUUUGAGGCUGAUUCGGGCCUGGAGUCGUACCGCACGUCGGACGGAAAGAGACCGGUUUCGAGCGGUAGCAGAAAGAGUGGCACCCAGCGGCAGCGUAAAAUAUCGUCCAUCUCGUCGGAAAGCUCCUCGAAACCGUUACGCUCCCGUACGGCAUCUUCCCUGACGCAACCACCAAACCCGGUACUCGUGCCGUACGAGGUUUGCCUGCUCGGAGGCUUCUUCAAGAUCAAUCUGUACACGCAGCGCGAUCGCGCCAGUGCUGCUCCAGCCUUAAAGCUAGUGCUAGUACAACCGAACGCGCUCGUAUCGCUAAGCUUGCUGGAACGCGUGCUUCAGCUGUCCCUGUUCGACCUGACGCUCGAGGUGGACGAGCUGGCAAUCGUGAAGACGGUUGCCGGCGAGCCGGACGAGCUGGGAAUCCCGCAACCGAUCGUUAAAACACGCUUCGUAAACAGUUUGACCAAGCGAAGCCGUGAGCUGAGGGUCGAUUUUAAGCGACCGAUUAAGCUUACCGUUUCGCACGGGAAGGUGAAAAAGAUUAUGGAAUUGGCUGACGCGUUGGAUGGUCUGUUCACGGCACCGAACCGGGUGGGUAUCAAACCGUUGCCGAAGCCAGUGCUGAGCCGGAAUAAGUUUAUGCUCAUAAAAUCGCAUCUGUUCGACGUGGAGAAGAUUCAAAUCGGGCUCUCCCAGGUGAUGGUACAUUGGCUGGAGGAAGACCCUAGCCGGCCCGCCUCGUACAACAUGAAACUGUCGUUUUCUUCCGUCAGCUCAACGGUACGGGUACAGGAACGCCCGGAGCGUAUCGUGUUCGAGCUAGAGCUAGCCGAACUGCUGCUCAGCGCCGGAACAUUCGUUAUUCUGCAUCCGUUCUCCUUCAAGCUACAGCUAACGCUCGCCCAAGAAUACUGGAAGCGUGAUCCGCUCGUUCAGAUUAAGCUGCAGGCGUCCUACCUGCAGCUGGAUCUGAUUCCCUACCUCUUCCACCAAGUGGAGUUGAUCCGGAGCGAACUGUUGGACGCGUUGCGACGGGAAGCGGAUGCCGAGCACCGCAAGGAUUCCGUUUCGACGGUGCACAGUGCGAAUAUGACACCGAGCCGCCGGGAGCUGCUCAUACCGAUCGUUCCGCCACGGUUCCAGCAGCGGCGUACGAAAGAGAUGCAGGAAGAGUACUACCAGGACGAUCUGAGAGCCGGAGCAUUCCAAUUCAUAGAAAGCAUGAAAGCGAACGAGCUUCCACUGCCGUAUCAGAUCAAGAUCAUUAACCGCGAGGUGGGCAUCAUCUGCUGGCGCUAUCCCCAGCCGAGAGCGCUGCACCAGGUGAUCGUCUAUCCCGUCCCGAUGAACACAACCAAAUCCGUCAACAUCCAGUGCAAGUUGGAGCACUAUGCGGAUAUAGGCGGCAUCUUCGUGGAGGUGUGCCAGUUCACCCUGUCGGAGAACGAGAAAACGUUUCUCAAGCUACCGCAGCGCAAGAUUGCAUCGGCCAUCUGGCGGAUCGUUAUGACGCAGAACGUGGUUUACGAUGAGGGAGUCGGCCGGGCGCGCGAUGAUGACGAUGACGACGGCAUAGGCAUGCGAAAUGAUGCGAACGAUAGCGACGACGGUGGACAGCAGCGCGGUGGCAACGGGCUGGGAAGAACGCUCUUCACCACCCUCACGGAUGUGCUGACGGACAGUUCGUACCUAGCCGGGCAGCGUGGCGUCGUGAGCUUACCGUAUCGCUUGCAUCCCAAGAUCUUCGUUGCUUGCAUGCGGGUGGACUCCAUGUUCAGUGCCGCGUUAGUGCCGAACCUCGAGCUGACGAUCGACGUGAAGCCCGUGCAGGUGAAUCUGUUCAACCAUGUGGCGGUACAGCCGGAACGCCCCCUGCCGAAACCAUUCGAGCGAUAUCGACUGUGCCGAGAGUCGGCCGAUUUCGGUGCUCACAAAUUUCUGACGCUCAACGCGCAUCGCUUGCGCGGACAGUGCGCGAUCUACGAUAAUCUGGAAAUGUUUGUAAGUGCCGAGUUUAAUUUGCACUGCGAUUUGCUCGAUUACAACUACUACACGUUCGAGAAUGCACUGGAGGUUAGCAACGUGAAGGCGUACGGGUGGAUUGGUGAGCGAUCGGUUGAGCUGCGCACGAUUACGGACGACAUUUGCGUACGGUACGGUCCCUCGAUUGGGUACAAUCUGGCGGUAGCGGAACGCAUGUGGAACCGCGGCAUGUCGGCGACGGAUGGAGAAUCGUGCUUCGUGCUGUACAGCCGCUACAUCGUGUGCAAUCGCACCCAGUUGGGCCUCAAGUUCGGUCAAACCGGUACCGCGGAAGCGAUCUACCUCGGCCCGAACGAGCUGUGCCUGUACGGGUUUCGAAGUUGCCGGCAGCGUCAGCAGCUGCAGCUAUACUUUACCGAAGGAACGGCGCAGGUUGCGACGGAACCGUUCGACGUUUCGACGGACGGGUUGCAGCAAGUGUGCGUACAAUCGAUCUACGAGGAGGAUAUGGAAGAUGAGAAGAUGCUCCUGAUCCGCACGGAAUCGCUCGCCGCGGACGGUACCGAUGGUGGUGGUGGGAGCAGCAGCGGUAGUAACAUCCAGCGUACCAUCACAAUCGAGGGACAAAUCAGUUUCUACAACAUGACUUCGCAGCGGCUCAAGUUCCAGUAUCGCUACUACAAACUCGUGCCAAACAGUGAGCGCAAUUACGCGACGACCAGCUUCCAGGUGGCACCGGACGAUAGUGCGAACCUGUUUGCUCCGGCCAACAACAAAAACCAGCAAACCAUCAACAUUGCGAUCGAUGGUGAGGAUGGGCGGGUGGUUUGGUCGGGCGAUGUGCCGCUGCGCGAGAUCACGAACGGUGGCAGCAUGCCGUACCUGGUCAAGGUACCGACGUCGACGAUAACGCGCGAAGGCUACAUCAGCUACUGGGUGCGGAUCGUGCGGGAAAAGCUGCUCGACAGCAAGGUUGCACCGGCGGUCAAUGGGGAGGCGCUGGAGCGUGUGCUGGUGAUCGUUUGGCCACUGUUUAUGGUGGAAUCGUUGCUGACCGUUAACACCACGGCGUACGAGGAGAAGCUCGAUCAAUCGUUUUCGAUCUACGGACAGGGACAGCGAAGACAGCUGAACGUGGCGGGCACGUACUCCGACGAGCAUGAGCUUGCAUUCCGUAUGGAUUUUAACUCGCCGCGCGGAGAGGACAAGCGUAAGGCACUGCUGUCCUACCGGUUGAUCGAUGGGAAAACGUUUUUCCAAGUGCCGGCCCGCUUCCGCAACGUCGAAAGUGCACUCGAAGCAUUGCGGGCCGGUCGCCGGUUACCGGAUUGGCCGUGUUCGCGCGAGGAAGAGCUACGAUGGCGGCGGGAAAACUCCAUCCAGGAGGCAACGUUCCCGCUGUACCACUGUUCCGCUGCGUACGAGCUGUCCUGCUGCCUGAUGCUCAGCAUUGCCCCGUGGGCACUGUUCAUCAACCAGCUCGGGUGUGAGGUACGGCUGCGGAAUCUUACCACCAGCGAUGUAAACAUUAUCGCACCCAACAGCAUCGUAAUGCCGUUCCACGUGGAGACGGGCUUUACGCUCGAGAUGAACGUGGCGAUUGGCCAGCCGCUCCACUCGGAACCGAUCUACAUCGAUAGCGCGGACGGCAGGAAGCAGUCACCGAACGGGUGUGCCGUCCUGCCGCUCGAAGGCUCGAUCGACAUCACGAUUCGCACGGAGCUCGGGAUUAUGAACCUGGUGCUGACGUCGCUAACGGAGAACAAAGUGCGUAUCUUCAUCCUAGCCUCCCAGUUCAUUGUGACCAACUAUUCGAGCAUCGAUUUACACUGCUGGUCGUUCGCGUUGCCGUCCAACGAACGGUUGGAGCAGUUUAAGCUGAGCAACUCCGGGCCGCAUAGCUGCUGCUACAGUCUGCCCAAGAAUGGUGUGAAAAGUGAAAACCCCAAAGGAACGGUCAUUACGAUGCUGAAUAAUGUGUCCCAUCGCAAGGGAAAGAUAAAGGCCAACACCAACUUCAACCACUAUCUUACCAUCUACCAGCGGCGCGAGAAUGGAAGCGAGUACUCGGCUCCAAUAUUCCUCAACAAACCCACCGCCCGGAAGUGCGUGAGCGUCCCGCAAGAAGAUCCAGCCGACCGGCACCGGCAGCAUCACGCCCUGUCGCUCUCGAUCGUAUCGCACCAGGGGCAGCAGCACGUGUCGAUCUACGACGAUCCGUGCCCAGCGUACGCGAUCGAAAAUCGGACCGAUUUUAGCAUUUACGUUGCCCAGUCGGACACGGUGCAGCCGAACAAGGCAGCAGCGGCUGUGCCCGAAACGGUGGAGAGCAAUUUCGGCUGGUUCCAGACGGUUGGCUCCCGGCAGACGGUCUACUACACACCACCGACGCUCGAUGACCAUUUCCCCGAACCGCAAGAAACGACCGAAAUAGCGCUGAUAUUUGCGUGCGUUAGCGGUAGCGCGAUCCGGUGGUCACACCCGGUGCGGAUCGAUGAGGACAAGAGCAUCUUUCUGAACAUUCCACUGUACGGCGAUCUGAAGCUAGCGAUGAGGGUACGCAACCGUACCACGCUGCUGGUGAUCGACUACAUUAGUCAGGAUUUGGAGUUUUCGGCGAAGGACAUACGGACGCGCCUUUCCAACCCGAUUCGACCUCCGGAACUGGCAGUAGAAUCGGGAGGAAACUCACGCCAGUCGGGCAAUGAUUACCGAUCGUUCGAGUACGACCCGUCGGAACACGAACCGUGCUGCACCGGUAAAGAGCAGCUCGUGCAGAGCUACUUCCGCACGGUCAUGAUCACGCUGUUCAACGAUGAACCGCAGCAAUCGUGCUUCAAGCAGGACAUCAUUUCGUUCAACUUCGAGCGGAUCGGAUUGAAGGCAAGCCGGGGGGGCAGCAGCAGCAGCAACCAAGCCACCCUGCACUGUGGCAACAUUCAGGUGGACAAUGAGCUGCACUCGGGCGGAGAUUACGAUUUCCCGGUCGUCCUGUGCAGCGAGGAUCACGAGACGAAGCAGCGCAAGAUGCCCACCCAAUCGCCGUCCAACUUUUACCGGCUAGAGGAUCAGCUGGAACAGCUGGCCAGGGGCGCACUUUGCACGCUCGAGUGUGAGCUCGUGGAGGACGAUGAGGACGGUGGUGGUGGCGUUGGUUGGUCCGGGGUGGAAGCGUUGCGUCUCAAGAUUAACCCGAUUCGAGCGUACAUCGAGGAUACGUACAUAAACGUGCUGCUGGACUAUCUGAUGGAGUGCAUUCCGACGGGAAUGCUGCACGAGCAGCCGGGCAGCGGCACGGCACCGGCACGCAUCCGUUGCCAACCGGGCGAAGUGCUCAUACCGCGCGCAGUCACCCAGCAGUCGGCCUACCUGGCCGAACCGAUAAAAUUCCGCUCCGUGCGCAUCGAACCGCUCGCCGUGCUGCUGUCCGUGCACGCCUGCAUGCGGCUGUACAUUGCGCUCGAUCACAGUCCGCUCGAGUUUGCGGCCUUCGAGCGCCGCUCGGUCCGCUCGCUACCGAUCAAGUUCGGUAAUGCGGUCGGCAUGCACUACCUGUCCGGGGCGAUCUUUGGUGGCGGUUGGGUGAUCGGUUCGCUCGAGAUACUGGGCAGCCCGAGCGGGUUGGCACGGUCCGUCACGAGCGGGCUGCGCGACUUUGUGUCCCUGCCGGUGCAGGGUCUGUUCCGCGGACCGUGGGGAUUCUUGGUCGGGGUGACGCACGGGUCCGCCUCGCUGAUACGCAACAUCACCGCCGGUACGGUGAACUCCGUCACGAAGCUGGCCCAAUCGGUAUCGCGCAAUCUCGACCGGUUAACGCUCGAUACGGAGCACGUGCAGCGUACGGAUGCGUUACGGCGUCGCCGGCCGCAGGGCAUGACGGACGGCUUCACGCAGGGUCUGACCGGGCUCGGUAUCAGUUUGCUCGGUGCCGUCGGCGGGCUGGCGCAUCAUCCACUGCAGGCGACCAACCCGAUCGGUGUUGUGACGGGCAUGGGAAAGGGUAUUGUGGGAGCGUUUGCCAAACCGAUCAGUGGUGCGGCCGAGCUGGUCGCGUUAACCGGACAGGGGAUGCUGCAAAGCGUCGGCUACAACACACUGCCCACACCGAAGCUCAACGCCCGUCAAUCGCUACAGCGCCUCGAGCCGAUCCCUCACAAAGCGCUGUGGGAACCGCAAGCCGUCGGGGAAGGAUCGCUGCUGUUCUCCGCCCAGGCCACGCUAGCCACGCACGGCGAGUAUCGGUUGGUGCUGGUUGCCAUCUACAGUAAAGCGUUCGUGCUGUACGACGUCCACGAAUGCCAGCUGCUCGAGGUGCUCGAUCCGAAGACGGUCUUCUUCGAGACGGACGAGGAAAGCGAUGCGACCCGGCUCGUGGUACGCGUGCGGCCGAAGCUACCACCGCCACCCUGCUCCGACUACGAGCAGUAUCCGAUUUCGAGCCGUACGUAUGAUUUUGUGCGCGAUUCCACCAUGCAACUGCCGCGCAUCGUUGGCACGGUGGCGCUUCAGCAAUCGUCGUACGGAAAAGCUGGCCCGGCGAACAGACCGAUCAUGCCACCGAGUAACGUGAGACGAUCGUUGGAGCAAAACGAGGAUGUGGUGGGCGGCUUGGACGAUAGCGUAAUCGAACCGACGGUAAUCGAUCAGCAGUCGGUGGUGCUGGACAUAGAGCGAUCGUCCAGUGCAAGCGGCCCAGCAGAAGAGGGUAUGGACCGGUCGGGAUUGCUGCUGAACGAUGAAACCAGCUCGACUACGGCGAUGGACCGAAUGCUGGAGGAUGACUGUGAUGGAACCGAACAGGACGACGGUUCGAAUGAUGAUAGCGAGCGAAAGAUCGUGAUAUUCCUGGACGAAAAUCUGGUGCCGUAUCUAAUCACCUACGUGAAUCUGUUGAAGCGCACCGUGGACAGUGAGUUUGGCCGGGGCAGACCGGAAGAAGGCGUAGCGUUUCUUCCCUUCGAGUGCUAGAGGUCGAGUCAUAGGGGUUUAAGCAAAGGGUUAAAUUAUUCGACACGUAAGAACGGUAAGAAAGCCUGGCAUGUAGACGUAUCAUAUACCUCAAUAAAAGGGACACCACCGGAAGCCCGUCUGUGUGUUCCCAACUGUUUCAAACUUUA